AUGCAUGAACUGAAACGCCGACUUCUUCAUUGUGGAAGCACGUUGUCUUCAUUCCGCUAUGGUUCUUUCUCUUCCGACCUUGUCUGCUUCUCCGGAAUCCCUCCAACACUCCUCGACAUCUAUGAUGUUAAAGAAGACCCCUCCCUAGAUGGAUGUUCCCAUAAUGGUGCCAUCUGCCAUCAAAGAAGAGACCCUAGACCAUGUUAUGUUCCUAUAUUGUAGUGUUGUUGGAACUAACCAACCAUAUUGGAUAACAUAAUGCAUGUUAAUGACUUUAUUUAGAUUUGAUGUAUUAAGGAUCAAAGGGGC